UCUUCGUAUCCUCUUUAUUUAUCAUGAAGAGACAAAACGCCAGGACCCUCGCGCUCAUCAUCAGCAUCCUCACCUACCUGGUGGUCGGAGCGGCCGUGUUCGAGACGCUGGAGUCCAAACAGGAGAAGAGUCACAAGAGGAAGCUCGACGCCAGAAAGUACGAGCUCAUGCGCAAAUACAACUUGACCAAAGAGAACUUCGAGGAGCUGGAGCACGUCGUCCUCCACCUCAAACCUCACAAAGCGGGGGUGCAGUGGAAGUUCGCCGGGUCCUUUUACUUCGCCAUCACUGUGAUUACGACCAUCGGUUAUGGUCACGCCGCGCCCAGCACCGACUCAGGGAAGGUGUUCUGCAUGUUCUACGCCCUCCUGGGGAUCCCUCUCACCCUGGUCAUGUUCCAGAGCCUGGGCGAGCGGAUCAACACCUUCGUCCGGUACCUGCUGCACCAAGCCAAGAAGUGCCUGGGGAUGCGUCAGACCGAGGUCUCCAUGGCGAACAUGGUGACGGUGGGCUUCUUCUCGUGCAUGAGCACUCUGUGUGUGGGGGCCGCGGCGUUCUCCCACUGCGAGGGCUGGAGCUUCCUCCACGCGUUCUACUACUGCUUCAUCACGCUGACUACCAUCGGGUUCGGAGACUACGUGGCUCUGCAGAAGGACGACGCGCUGCAGAACGACCCUCGGUACGUGGCCUUCUGCUUCGUUUACAUCCUGAUGGGCCUGACGGUGAUCGGAGCGUUCCUCAACCUGGUGGUGCUUCGCUUCCUGACCAUGAACACUGAGGACGAGCGGAGGGACGCCAAACAGAAGGCCCUGAUGUCCGUCAGCAAGUCCAGAGGAGAGGUGGCUCGUCUUAUACCUGUCUCGGCCUCCACUUCCUCCACACCUGUAGCAGAGGACACCGCAAAGGCAAGAGAUUUAAAAGGUGUCUACACUGAGGUGCUUCACUUCCAGACUAUAUGCUCCUGCUUGUGGUACAGGAGCAAGGAGAAGCUGCAGGGCUCCAUACCGACUAUGAUCCCUCAGGAGCUGACGUUCUCCGAUGCCUACCUGCAGCAGAACAGUAACUGCCCUCACUACAUGGAGCCGGGGUCGACAGGCUGCGUUUGCAGUCCACGUCAGUGCACGAGCAUAAGCUCCAUAACGACGGGCCUGCACAUCCUCUCUCCGUUCAGGGUGUUCAAGAGACGCAGCUCCGUCUAG